UGAGGCCGAGUACAGCAUGGACUCUCCGGUGUAUCAUGGGAGCAUUGACAAAAAGACUUGUGAAGAACUGAUGCUGAAAAAAGGAAAAGAUGGGAGUUACUUGUUACGAGACAGCGCGACUAUUGCAGGAGCAUUCUGCCUCUGCGUUUACUUUAAGAAAGUGGUUUACACAUAUAGAAUCUUAAUGGACCACCGUGGAUACUACACCUUACAAACUGCUAGUGGUGUUGAAGAAAAGUUCUUUCAGAACUUCAAGGACUUGAUCGCAAAUUAUAAAAGACAAGGGCAAGGCUUGGCAACUCAACUUCGCCACCCUGUAAAGAGAACAGAGCCUGCAGGUGUAUAUCAAAACGUGAGAGAAGAAAAAACGGAUUAUAGAGUCUCUGUGUUUGUGAAGGGUGCUGAGUAG